AUGCCUCCGUGGUUCACAUCAAAGUACAAUCCUUUGUCCUCGAAGCCGCCCGAUGAGGACUGGCCAGAACAUGCAAACGACGGUUAUGCCGAAAAAGCUUUGAAACCUACUCGCAUGCUGUGUUCUCUGCUCUCUAUGAAAGCCAUUCUCGUCUCCUUAAUAAUGAUUCUGCAAUCUGGGAUUAUUAUUCAUCUUCACAUUGUAGCAUCUCGAUGCCAAAGGGUUCAGCUUGACGUGCCAGAGACGUUUCGAGCUCAGUAUGGAGGCGAUUUCAGAUAUCAAUCACUGGAUCAUGUAUAUGACAGUCUGUGGAAUGAGACUGAUAAAUCUGUAAUCGAGAUGAGCCCGGCAGGCAUUGAGGAUGGACACGAGGAAAUUGGUGCAAUAACCAUGUUUCACCAGCUUCACUGUUUGGCAUCAAUACGCAAGGCACUGCAAGAGUCUGCAGAGGGAAAAUACAUUGGAAUCGAUUCGAGGGACGAUAAUCAUUGGCCACACUGCUUUGACUACCUAAGAAAAGGUAUAUUGUGUUACGGAGAUGAUACCAUCGAGCGUCAGGGUCAUUAUCCCAACGGCACUAUCCAGAAGCCGAUUUCUGGAUUCCAGGAUAUGCGAACUUGUCGGGAUGUGGCGCACACAUACAAACUAAGGUCAGAAAAAUCAGUCUGGCUUCCUGCUAAUCGCCCGCCGCCUAGCUGA